AUGAAUUCGUCAUCAACAUCACCACAACAGGCUCCUCCUCAAGGCUUUGGAAGUUUUCCUUCCUCCCCUAACAAUAACAUGUAUACACAGCCUCAGCAACAACAAUAUUCUUCCUAUAAUAAUAGUUUAAAUAGUAGUAAUAGUACUAAUAACAACAUGAUGAUGAUGAAUAGUGUCCACCAUCAUCAGCCUCUUCCUUCAUCUCCUUAUAAUCAACAUCAUCAUGUGGCAUCUCAAUCAAACACCUCACAACAGCAACAGUAUUAUGAUAAUAACAAUAAUUAUCAGGAAUAUAAUAGACCACCGAAUAAUAAUAACAUGAAUCAUUCAUCAUCGAUGAAUAAUGGUACGAUGAUUUCACUUCCUAGUCAAAAUUCCUCCUAUCAGACGUCACCAUCACAAUAUGGCAACAGUAAUAACAAUAACUUUAUUUAUAAUAUUCCACCACCAUCCACACCACAGCAACCACCACCUCAACAAAAUUAUCAUAAUGGAAUGCAAGGAAUGAGUAGUAGUUCAUAUCAAUUUGCGAAUAGUAAUGGAAUGCACAAUAGAAUGAAUAAUCAAAAUGUGUCACCACCCAUGAAUCAACAACAAAAUCUCGAAUCAAGUCCAGAAGAAAAUUCGUCAUCACCAAAUGCUGAGCAAUUGGGAAAUUCGGAUUUUCAUCCCAUCGCCUGUAUAAAUUGCAGAAAGCAACACAAACAAUGGUAA